AUGACAACUCUACACAAACUGAUAGUUGAAGUUGUCGACGCUCGGAAUCUGUCUCCGAAAGACGGCCGCGGCGCAUCGAGCCCCUAUGUGGUGGUGGACUACCGCGGGCAGCGAAGACGCACCCAAACGAAGCUGAGCGACUUGAAUCCUGUGUGGAACGAGUUGCUCGACUUCGAUCUUAGUAGGCCUGCUGACGUGUUUGGGGAUGUGCUUGAGCUGGAUGUAUACCAUGACAAGAAUUACGGCCCCACCACCAGAAACAACUUUCUCGGCAGGAUCCGGUUGAGUUCCUCCCAGUUUGUGAAGAAAGGUGAGGAGGCCUUGAUUUAUUUCCCUUUGCAGAAGAAGAGCUGGUUCACGUGGAUUCGCGGCGACAUUGGGUUGAAGAUUUAUUAUGUGGAUGAGGUCGUGCCACCUCCGUCUCCGCCGCCACCGCCGCCCAAAGCAGAGGAACCAAAGCCUGAAACAGCACAACCUCCGCAGUCAGAGGCGGUACCUCCGCCAGAAUCUGCCUCGCCCCAACCUACAGACCAGCCACCAGCUGAAGCGGCGCCACCAAAAGAAGCCGAACAAACACAGCCACCUGAACCCGAGAAGCCUGCUGAAGAGCCGCCGACUGAGGCUGCUCCGCCACCAAAGACCGAGGCUCCUGAAGUAGCAGAAUCGGGUCCCUCACCGCCACCCCCACCACCACCAGCCACUGAUGAUGCAAAUCAGGAUCAGGCAAACCCACCACCCCCACCAGUAGCACCUGAAGCUGCUCCCAUGCCCAUGCAACGUGAUCAUGAAAUUGAGGUAAUGGCACACUCCGUAUCCAAAUCAAUGGCAGAUGUCAAAUUCCACCGAACCGACGGUCCACCACCAAUGCCGAGACCUCCGGUUGUGCCCGGUGGAGCACUCAAUUAUACGUCGCAGCUGGAGCCGACGGAAAGCAUGUCAAUGGACCGGCCGUCGUUUGAUCUGGUGGAGAAGAUGCACUACCUCUUUGUCCGAGUUGUGAAAGCGCGCUUCCUCCCAGCAAAUGGCAGCCCAAUUGUAAAAAUCUCCACCGCCAACUACCACAUCACAUCCAAGCCCGCCAGAAAAACCCACUGCUUCGAGUGGGACCAGACCUUUGCCUUCGCCCGCCAAUCCCCCGACCAGUCCGACGCCUCCAUCCUCGAAGUCUCCGUCUGGGACCCACCCGUAUUCGACCCCUCAGCGGCCUCCGAGGUGGCCUCCGGCCAUCAGUUCCUCGGCGGGAUCUGUUUCGACGUGAUGGAAAUACCCCUGAGGGACCCGCCGGACAGCCCCUUGGCCCCGCAGUGGUACCGGCUGGAGGGCGGUGGGGCCCGCAUCAACGGCGAUCUUAUGCUUGCCACGUGGAUGGGCACCCAGGCAGACGAUUCAUUCCCCGACGCGUGGAAGACAGACACGGCGAAAAAUCCAAACGCACGAGCCAAAGUGUACCAGUCUCCGAAGCUCUGGUAUCUCCGAGCCACCGUCCUCGAAGCGCAAGACGUUCUGCCCGUAACGGCGUCGUUGAAUUUGAAGGAAGCCACGUUACAGGUCAAAGCCCAGCUCGGAUUCCAAUUCCUCAAGACCGAGCCUACCGUCACCCGAAACGGCGUGCCGUCUUGGAACCAAGACUUGAUGUUCGUAGCCGCCGAGCCGUUCAGCGAUCACUUAAUUUUCACCAUAGAGCACCGGCUACCGAAGGGACCGGUCACCUUGGGCGUGCUGCGAAUUCCACUCAGCGCCGUCGAACGACGAGUGGACGAUCGCAAAGUGGCGUCGCGAUGGUUCAGCUUCGAAAAUCCAGACGGCGACGAGAAGAGGAUGUACAGAGGCAGAAUGCACUUGCGCCUUUGCUUCGACGGCGGAUAUCACGUGAUGGACGAGGCGGCGCACGUGUGCAGCGACUACCGCCCAACUGCGAGGCAACUCUGGAAGUCACCGCUCGGCACGGUGGAGCUUGGAGUUAUCGGAUGCAAGAACUUGAUACCGGUCAAGACGGUCAACGGUAAAGGAUGCACUGACGCCUACUGCGUGGCCAAGUAUGGACCAAAAUGGGUACGCACGCGUACCGUAUGUGAUAGUUUGGAGCCCAGGUGGAACGAGCAGUACACGUUUAAAGUCUACGAUCCGUGUACGGUGCUGAGCAUUGGCGUUUUUGACAAUUCCGGAUCGGGUUUCGAAAUCGAGGGCUCGAAAGACGCCACGCGUCCUGACUUCCGUAUCGGGAAGCUACGGGUGCGUAUAUCUACGUUGGCUACGGAAAAUGGGUGA